AUGAGCGCUCCUACGUACCAAAUCAUCAACCAGCAGGGCUGCGUGGAGCAGGAGGCGCUGCAGACGUUCGUCGACCGCGAGGGCCUGGCGCGCGCGGGCAAUGACUACGGCAUCGUCGCAAUCAUGGGGCCACAGAGCUCAGGCAAGUCGACGUUGCUGAACCACGUCUUCGGCACCUCGUUCCGGGAAAUGAACGCGGAGCUCGGGCGGUCUCAGACCACGCAGGGCGUGUGGCUGGCUCGCUCGCAGCAACACAGCGACUGCCUGGUACUCAUGGACCUGGAGGGGUCCGACUCGAGGGAGCGCGGGGAGGAGGACACGGCGUUCGAGAAGAAGACCGCGCUGCUCGCCCUGGCGUCCGCCGACGUGGUGGUGGUCAACAUGUGGUGCCACGACGUGGGGCGCGAGGCCGGCGCGGGGAAGCCGCUGCUGCGCACAGUCCUCGAGGUCAACCUGCGGCUGUUCCGUCCCGAGGCCGGCCGCACGAAGACGCGCCUGCUGUUCGUCAUCAGGGACAUGUCCCGGAAGACCCCGCUCGAGUCGAUCUCGUCCACGCUCGAGGAGGACCUGUCGAAGAUCUGGGAGGGCGUCGCGAAGCCCCCCGAGUACGACGGCACCACUAUCCAGCAGUUCUUCGACGUCGACUUCCAUGCAAUGCCGAACUACGAGGACCGCCCGGAGGACUUCGCGGAGGACGCCCGGCACCUCCGCGCGAAGUUCACGCCCGGCGGACCCUUCGCGCCGGCCGGCGGCGCGGGCGCCAGGCUCCCUGGGGGCGCGCUGCCGGUCUCGAUCGAGAAAAUGUGGGAGCUGAUCGACUCGAACAAGGACGUCAACCUCCCCGCGCACAGGAUCCUCGUCGCGAACAUCCGGUGCAAGGAGAUCGCGGACACGCAGCUCGCCGCGGCGGCCGAGGCGGAGGCGUGGGGCGCCCUGAAGCAGCAGGCGGGGGACCAACACAUCCCGGAGUUCGGCCUGCGCGUGCAGCGCUUCCUCGCGCCGCACCUGACGCAGUACGACGAGGAGGCCGCGCUGUUCGACGCGGCCGUGCGGCAGGAGCGCCGCGCGGAGCUGCUGCGGGCGCUGCUCGCCAUGGUGCAGCCUGUGUUUCGCGGGCAGGUGCGGCGGGUCGUGGCGCGGGCACUCGAGCUCGCGAGCAACAAGCUCGACGCGCUCAACGCGGAGUCGUUCGCGCGCGAGGCCCGGGCGGCGCGCGAGAACUGCGUCGCGUCGCUGCAGAAGUCGAUUGACGCGCUGCUGCCGCCUGACGCGGACUGGGACACCUCCGAGGACGCCGGGGAGGCGCUCGAGCGCAUCGAGGACGUCAUCGCGGCCAGGCGUUCCGCGCUGAUGCGCCAGUGCGUCGACUCCGCGUCGGCGGCCUCCCGCAGGGAGCUGCUGCCGACGCUCGCUGCGCUGUCCGAGGCGCCGGCGGACGACUACUGGGACCAGAUCGACGCGCAGACGCGCCGGCACGUGAAGGACGCGGUCGCCGCGCUGCAGGCCCAGCUGGCGGGGCUGGGGCUCCCGGAGGGGGAGCUGAGCGGUGCGUUGGCGUCGCUGGAGUCGUCGCUGGAGGCCAUCGCGAUGGACCACGUGCGGGAGGUGGCGGUGGGAGUGCAGUCGCGGAUGCGCGAUGCGUUCAGCUCGGCGUUCAACGUCGACGAGGACGGCGUGCCGCGGACGUGGCAGCCGUCGGACGACAUUGCUGCGGCGACGGCAGCGGCGCGGGCGCGGGCGGCCUCGGUGCUGGCGCUGCUGGCCGUCGACCGCUCACGCGCGCCCGCGGACAAGAUCAGGGCCGUCGAGGAGUCGAUCGUCGCGAUGUCGGAGCGGCAGACGCAGCCCGCCGGCCUCGCGACGCCCGUCAAGAGCCGCCCCGGCGCAGCCAAGGGCGAGGGCGCGUUCCGGGCGGAGGUCGACGGCGAGUGGGUCGGGAUCGCGGGGGACCACGUGCUGCUCGGGCCCCUGGAGUGCCGGCGCGCGUGGCGGCGGCACCUCGAGGAGACGGGCAUGCUGGUGGCGCAGGCAGUCAACACGCAGAACGCGAACCGGAACGCGAUGAACCGCAUGCCCCCGGCGUGGGCACUGUUCGCGAUGGUCGUCCUCGGCUUCAACGAGGUCGUCUCGGUGCUCUCGAACCCCGUGCUGCUCGUCAUCGUGGUAUGUUCCAUCCUGUUCCUACGUACGCUAUACGUCGAGCUCUCCGUCGACCAGGAGCUGUCGGAGAAGGGCCUGCUGCCCGGGCUGAUCUCAAUCGGCAUGCGGGCGAGGCCCGCGGCGAAGAAGGUGGCGUCGAACUUGCUCGCGGAGGUGCUGGGCAUGUUUGCGGGUGGCGAGGAGGAGGAGGCGGGGCGCGGGCCGCGGCGGCGCAGGGGGAGCGGUGCUGCGCGAACAGAGCCGCGCGAGAGCAAGAAGGAUAGCUAG